AUGAGCGACGAUGGUAAUGACCGAUUCGAAGACGCGGCUACUCCAGUUCAUGUGGCACGGCUCGCCCUUAAGGCGCCACCGUUUUGGAAGCCAAAUCCCCGGCUGUGGUUCGCGCAGGUUGAGGCGCAGUUUUUACGUGCAGGAAUCUCCAGUGACGAGACCAAGUACUACACGGUGGUGGCAGAAAUUGAUUCGGCGGUGUUGGCACAUGCUAGCGACAUAAUUAUGUCACCGCCGGCUUCAGGGAAGUACGAGCUCCUGAAAGAGCGGUUGAUUACGGAGUUUGGGGAGUCAAAAGAGAAACGCUUGAAACGAUUAUUUGAAGGGUGCAGAUUGGGAGACAAAAAAGCCACAACUUUGCUGCGAGAAAUGAAAGACUUGGCUGAUCAACACGUUGACAAGGAAGUUUUGAAAUCGCUUUGGUUACAACGUUUACCAACUAAUAUCCAGCAAAUUUUAGCAACGUUCGAUGGCAGCAUCGAAGAAUUGGCUUUGAAAGCUGACACUAUAAUGGAAAUUUCUGCAACAAAUUUUGAUGUUAAUGUGGUCAAGGUACCGGAUGACGGCAUGCAAGCUGCUAUCUCCGACUUGACGAACAGGCUAGAUCGCCUCACACACAAUAGUCAACGCAACUUCGUCCGCAGCGACCGGAGCUACACGAAUAACGUGUCUCAUUCGCAACGACCUGUUAGUUCUCGGCAGGGCGCAUCUACGCCGAAACAGGACACUCUUUGUUGGUAUCACCGUACGUUUGGCGACAGCGCAACCAGGUGCCGCUCGCCUUGUACUUACCGUCAACAACGCGCGGAAAACUAG